CUGAAGGCUGGAGAACAUAUCCACAACAUUGCGGCUGCUAAAGUUUUGAAAAUUUUACAGACUUAGAGUUGACGGAGAAGCUAGCUGUGAUGGCGGUGAUUAAGGUGGUCAUUAUGGCAGUGGCAGCUGUGGUAGCAGUCUCAGGAGGACCCACAAAGGAACAGACUGAACCUGGAAGAGCGCGGUGACUUACCACUAAAGCUCAACAAUCACCAACCAAAUAUCAGUGUCCUUGUUGACGCUCAUCAGAUGCAUCCUUUCCAUUAUUGAUAUCAACAGUUUCAGUAAAAAAAGCACAGAAUGUUUGUGGAACCAUCUGAACGGUUCAGAGAGCGAGGACUGGACGCCCUCCUCCCUCUGCCUGAGACACUUCCCGUCGUUGUCAAGUUACCGCCUGACGCUUGGCAAGAGUUCUCUUUUGGAUUCGAGCUCUCAGACAGCACUCCAGUUGGAUCCCUAAAGUUCAGAAAAGUUGGAGAGAACAUUAUGCUAACUUUAAAGAGGAUGAGUGAGAAGGGAUCGGCUUUUGUUCAUAUGAGUGAUCACCAACAGCAGAUCGAUGUGCCCUUUCAGGUGUUCCAAAAACUGUCACCAACAAACGAGAUUUUCCUCAACCUCUCCUUAAACAUGGGACAUCUUAACGUAGAACUAGAUGGUGUGAAUACCGUGGAGUUCGACCAGGUUAAUGCAACAGAUUUCUACCAGGUGUACGCCCAUGUGUCUCAAGGUUUCCAGGUUCAUCUUAGCUUCAGUUGCAAUAGAGAUGGAAGAGUGUUUUCUGCGUUGCCACAACCUGGAGAAUAUGACGACCCACAACGAUCUACAAAGUCAACCACUGUUGCUACCGUUGUUAUUCUUGCCAUCUUGGCUUUGUUGAUGGCCAUCGCUGCUGCAGUUGGAUUCUGUUACUAUAAGAGGAAACGAAACAGAGCAAAAGAGAAGCGUACACUGACGAAUACGAGAGAUGUAAAAAAGGAGAGUUAUGUGAAUGAAGAGAAACAGCUGCUAAUGAUCAACGAUGGCAAGCAAGGCACGGUGGAAGGUGUCCAGGAUACCUGUGUUGUAGGCGACAAAGAUAGCAGGCAUUAUGAUAUGGCAGGUGAUCAGGGGGGUAGGCAAGAUGGUGUUACAUAUGUGGAAGGUGACGAGGAUGGCAGGCAAGUUAGUGUGGCACGCGUGAUAGAAGGUGAGAAUAACAGAAAAAGUGGAGUGAGAGUGGAACGUGGUAGUGAACAUGGUAUUGUAGAGGGUGUAACAUUGGGUUCUGGAGGUAACGACAACAAACAAGGCAUUGUAUUAGAUGGCCAGGAUGGCAGUCAAGUGUUAGUUGAUGACAUAGCAGGUGGACAGGAAACUGUUCAUAACAGUAAAGAUGUUUCGCAAGAUAGAACAGGAAACCAGAAUAUUGAGAGACAAAUCAACGCACAAGAUGAUCAACAACAGCCCGAAGAGGCCUUAGAAACUACUUGCCUCAAAUAUCAGACUAACGAGUGGUACUCACAGCCAGUUAACACUCACGUAACACUGGACAAUCAAAUUGAUAGGACACAAAUAAUUGUAAAACAAAUCAGAACAAAGCAAAGCUCUGGAAAAGGGCAAAAAUGGGAGUGAACGAAUAAAUUUUUUUCCUAAUGUUAUAGAGGGAAAACCUAUUAGUGAUUCAGACGAUGUUGAUGAAGCAGAGGACGUUGUUGCGAGUAUCACAGAGCAAGAACAAACUGAUGAUAUAAACACCAAUCCAACAUUGAUGAAUCAAAAUCAGACUUUCACAAGGUCUGACGGCGCUGACUGCCACCAAGAUACAAAUGAGGCGACAUCUCGUGCCCAGAGUGACAAACCGACGAAUUUAAUACAAAAACAAAAGCAAAUAAAUAAUUCAGGGAAAGAGGAGCAUAAGAUAAGAUUAUCUUAUUCAAAGGAUGAUGAUGUCGCUAUGGGCAAACUCUCCAAUAAGUUCACACACAGUCGACAAACGAUCAGUCCUGCGACUGACGGAGCAGGAGAGAUAAAAGACGAUUCGAAGCUUUCAUCAUUAUCAGAGAUCAGUGCCAUAUCAGACGAAGGGAGACCUGACGCAACAAAACGUUCAUCAGAGAUGAGCACCUCAACGGAUGAUCCAACACCACCUGGUGGGAUACAAGACGCCUCUCAAGAAACUGGUAAUGUCAAUAUGGAUCAUUCAAGAAGAAACCAAGUUCUGAGAGAGGAAGACAAGUCAUAUAAACCAAUGACGUCCGAAAAUGUUUCACAAACUAAUAAUACAGAGGAUGAAAUGCCCACCAGAAAUAUUGGUGGCUUCAGUAAAUUACAAUAUAAUGAAAGCAUAAAUUCUGCAGUAAGAGAAUUUCAUGAGCGUGGUCUAGGAUAUAAUUAUCCUAAUAAGGCAGAUGAAAAAAAAAAAAAAAAAAAAGUAAACCAACCUUACUAAAAAACAUAAUAAAGGG